GCGGCGAUGAGAGAGAAGAAGGAGGGCGGUGGCUGGGGUGAUGCGGCGGCCGCGGAGGGAGGCGCAGGGGCCGCGGCCAGCCGGGCGCUGCAGCAGUGCGGGCAGCUCCAGAAGUUCAUCGGCAUCUCCAUGGGCAGCCUGUGCGGGCUGCUCGCCAAGUGCGCUGUGUCCGAGGACCUCACCCAGCAGGAGAUACCGACCAUGGAGAUAUGAGCUGACAGAAGAAUCCCCAUCUGCAGAGCUGCUGGGUGCCAGGCAGUUUGCAUGAAGCCGACUCUUCUUUGCCUGACCCGGGG